UGGUUUCAGAAUAGUUCUUAAGCUUGGCAGUUUCAAUUGCAAUUAUAUCUUCUCAAGGUAUUUUCACAAACACAAAACUCAAGGGCGGAGGGGGGGGGACCCACUAUUUAUGAUAAAGAAUCACACAACCAUUCCUAGAGAGGCUUGAAGGGAGACGGCUGUCUGACUUGCUGCAGUCACUUCCUGUAUUGAGUGGGGAAGAGGAGAGGAGGCAGCGCUGGAGGACUUUUCAAAAAGAGGAGGUCAUAAAUCCAGCACCUGCCUUGGUAGAAGAAUCUGACAGAGGAGGAAGGUGAUCCACUGGCCCGGGUGGAGGCUGUUUGGAGACGAAGGGAGGAUGAGGGGAGAGCCAGAAGUACGAAAAAGCCCUAUUGCCACAGAGGCUGGGAGCAGAAGGGAAGUGUGGGAAGGAACCUUGCAGAAGAGCCUGGGAGAGGAUUUUCCCCCUUCAGAUGUGCAGCGCCAGCAAUUCCGGCACUUCCGUUACCAGGAGGCUGAAGGGCCCCGAAAGGUCUGCAGUGACCUCCACCACCUUUGCCUCCAAUGGUUGAAGCCAGAAAGGCACAGCAAGAAGGAGAUCCUGGACCUGGUGAUCCUGGACCAGUUCCUGGCCAUCCUGCCCCCAGAGAUGGAGAGCUGGGUCAGGGAAUGUGGACCGGAGACCAGUUCCCAGGCAGUGGCCCUGGCAGAAGGGUUCCUCCUGAGCCAUGCAGAGGACAAGAAUCCAGACCAGGAGGUGCAAGAAAGGAUCACCUUUUGCCACGGAACAGCUUUUCCAGGCGAGGCCUUGAAACCAACAACAAAACCUUUGCCGUAUCUUUGCAGCAGGGAGAAAGAAACUUCCGUGUGGCCAGAGCAGGGUCCAGUGACCUUCGAGGAGGUGUCUGUUCAUUUCACUGAGGAGGAGUGGGCUCUACUUGAUGCGGAAAAAAGAAGCCUUCACAAGGAAGUCAUGGAGGAGAAUUUUCAGAAUGUGGCCUCUCUGGGAGGGUUUCUGGUUCCUGGACGUGACUGUUUCUCCUUCAUGCAAGGAAAUGGAAAUCCAUUUUUCCAUGACCCAGACGAAAGAGAGGGAUCAGCAGGAGGAUUUCUGGUUCCUGGACGUGACUGUUUUUCCUUCAUGAAAGGAAAUGGAAAUCCAUUUUUCCAUGACCCAGACAAAAGAGAGGGAUCAGCAGGAGGGUUUCUGCUUCCUGGACGUGACUGUUUCUCCUUCAUGCAAGGAAAUGGAAAUCCAUUUUUCCAUGACCCAGACAAAAGAGAGGGAUCAGCAGGAGGGUUUCUGCUUCCAGGACGUGACUUCAUGCAAGGAAAUGGAAAUCCAUUUUUCCAUGACCCAGACAAAAGAGAGGGAUCAGAAGGAGGGUUUCUGCUUCCAGGACGUGACUUCAUGCAAGGAAAUGGAAAUCCAUUUUUCCAUGACCCAGACAAAAGAGAGGGAUCAGCAGGAGGGUUUCUGCUUCCAGGACGUGACUUCAUGCAAGGAAAUGGAAAUCCAUUUUUCCAUGACCCAGACAAAAGAGAGGGAUCAGAAGGAGGGUUUCUGCUUCCAGGACGUGACUUCAUGCAAGGAAAUGGAAAUCCAUUUUUCCAUGACCCAGGCAAAAGAGAGGGAUCAGCAGGAAGAGAUCUGCCAGAGGUCCAUCUAGCCCUGCCUCCUGUUUCCCAGGGUGGCCAGCUGGAGUCCCUGGAACAUUCUCAAGCAGAGGAGCAGAGCCAAAGCCCCCUUCUGGGCUUGCCCUGCUGGCAACCAGCAUUCAGAGAGAUGUUGCCUGAAAAGACAGAAGUUCGUCUGAGUCCCCUUGGGAGUGGCGGCUGGCUUCAGGGAUUGGAGACUGGGAUUUUAUCAGAGAUCUUUCAGUAUUCUUGGAGAACAGGUGAGGUGCCAGAAGAUCGAAGGUCAGCACAUGUUGUCCCCAUCUUCCAUAAGGGGAGAAAGGAUGAUCCAGAGGCAGAUGGACCCCAGAGAGAGCCUGAGGGAGAGCCUCAACAACUCCCAUUGGAAGAGGAAGAGCAGAGAAGAAGCAAUGGGACAAAAUGGGAGAGGGGAUAUGAAUCAUCCCUUGAACAAAUACACACAGGGGAGAAACAAUAUAUAUUCAUGGAGUAUGGGAAGGACUUUGCUCAGAACAACGAUGUUACUGUCCACCAACGAAUCCACACAGGUGAGAAACCAUUCAAAUGUGUGGAGUGUGGGAAGACGUUUUCUCAGAAAGCACAUCUUACUGAGCAUCGACGUAUCCACACAGGGGAGAAGCCAUAUAAAUGUGUGGAGUGUGGGAAGAGCUUUGCUCAGAGAUCCAACCUUAGUUACCAUCGACGAAUCCACACAGGGGAGAAACCAUAUAAAUGUUUGGAAUGUGGGAAGAGCUUUGCUCAAAGUUCACAUUUUAGGGGCCAUCAACGAAGCCACACAGGGGAGAAACCAUAUAAAUGUUUGGAGUGUGGGAAGAGCUUUGCUCAAAGUUCACACUAUAUUGGUCAUCGACGAAUCCACACAGGGGAGAAACCAUAUAAAUGUUUGGAGUGUGGAAAGAGCUUUGCUCUUAAUUCAGACCUUACUUCCCAUCUACGAAUCCAUACAGGAGAGAGGCCAUAUAAAUGUUUGGACUGUGGGAAGUGCUUUGCUCGAAUUUCACACUUUACUGUCCAUCGACGAAUCCACACAGGGGAGAAACCAUAUACAUGUUUGGAUUGUGGAAAAAGCUUUCCUCAUAUAUCAGGGUUUACUGCCCAUCGACGAAUCCACCUAGGGGUGUAUCCAUAUAAAUGUUUGGAGUGUGGAAAGGGCUUUGCUCAUAAUUCAGAGUUUACUGUUCAUCAACGAAUCCACACAGGGGAGAAACCAUACAAAUGUGUGGACUGUGGGAAGAGCUUUUCUCGGAAUACACAUCUUACUGACCAUCGACGAAUUCACACAGGAGAGAAACCAUUUAAAUGUGCAGAAUGUGGAAAGAACUUUGGUUAUAGUUCAUAUCUUACUGUUCAUCGUCGAAUCCAUACAGGAGAGAAACCAUAUGAAUGCUUGGAGUGUGGAAAGACCUUUGCUCAGAGUAGACAGCUUACUGUCCAUCGACAAAUCCACACCAGGGAGAAACCAUUCAAAUGUGUGGACUGUGGGAAGGGCUUUGCUUGGAAUGCAAACCUUACUCUCUAUCAACAAAUCCACACAGGAGAGAAGCCAUAUAAAUGUCUGGAGUGUGGGAAGGGCUUUGCUCGGAAUGCAGACCUUAACUCUCCAUUGACAAAUCCACACACCAUAUAAACCAUAUAAUUGUGUGAAGUGUGGGAAGAGCUUUGUUCAGAGCUCCCAUCUUACUGAGCGUUAACGAAUUCACACGGGAGAAGCCCUAUAAAUGCAUGGAGUGUGGGAAGAGCUUUGCUCAUAGCAAAUCGUUUACUGCCCAUCAGCAAAACCACACAGAGGAGAUGCCCUAUAAAUGCAUGGAGUGUGGGAAGAGCUUUGCUCAGAGGUCUCACCUUAUUUCUCACCAACAAAUCCACACGGGAGAAACCAUAUGAAUGUGUUGAGUGUGGUAAGAGCUUUGCUUGGAAUACACAUCUCACUCCCCAUGGAUGAAUUCAUAAAGGAAAGAAGCCAUAUAAAUGUGUCAAGUGUGCGAAAAGCUUUGCUCGGAGUGCAGAUCUUACUUCCCAUCAACAAUUUCACACAGGGGAGAAACCAUACCAAUGUGUUAAGUUUGGAAACAGCUUUUUUCGGAGUUCAGGCCUUAUUGUACAUCCACAAAUCCACUCAGGAGAGAAACCACAUACGCCUGGAUGAAAGUUAUGUAAUCACAUAUCAAAGAAUUUACAUAAGAGGGAAAACAUAGAAGGGCUUUGGGCAGGGUUUUUGAUAUAGAGUGAAAGUCAGGGAUAUUUCAAAGGUGGGGGGAAGGGGAGAUUUUAUAUUGGUUUUAAUUUGGAAUUUUUAAAAUUGCUUUGUAAACCACCUUAAACCAUGUACAAAUGUGGGGUAUAAAUGCUUUAAUAAAUAUCUCAAGAGUAGGAAUAAGUUUGUGGAGUUCCCCAAGGCACAAUCUUAUCCCUAAUAUAAUCCAUCCUCUAUGUAAAGCCUUUAGGAGAACUAAUUUGUAGGUAUGGAAUUGGAUGUCAUCAAUAUGCAGUUGACACCCAGCUCCAUAUCUUGCUAACCAAAUCACUGUGGAAUGCAGUAGAGAUUUUAUUUCAGUGACUGGCAGCUGUGGUCGAGUGGCUGAAAGCAAACAAUUUGUAAGGGAACCUAGACAAGAUGGAAGUGAUGCUCAUAGGGAAGCCAGAGACCUUGAAGGACACUGUACUUCCCUCUUUCAAUGGAGUUUGUCUGACCCUUGUUAAUGAUCACUGUUAAUGAUCCCGUGCUACUGCAAGAAAAGCAAGUGAAGGAAGCUGUAAAAAACGGUUUCCAGAAACUCAGUCUAGCCUGGAAGAUGGCCCCCUACAUUGACAUGUCCGAUUUAUCCACCUGGAUCCAUACCAUGGUAACAUCAAGACUUGACUACUGUAAUGCAGUGUACACUGGUUUCCCCUGUAAGUGAACUCAGAGAUUUCGUUCGGUGCAGAACACUUCAACUUGGCUGUUAUCGGGAGUUAGGAGGAGCAUGAAUAUGACUCCCAUUCUGCAAUCACUCCAUUGGCUACCUACCAGUUACUGGACUGAGUUCAAGAAAUUGGCUAUCAUAUAAAAAGCUCUCCAUGGCCAUUGUCCAGCAUAUCCAUGGUAACAUCACUGCAUUGGCUACCUAUUCUAUCACAUAAAAAACUCUCUAUGGCUGUGGUCCAGUGUAUGUGGAAAUGCCUCUCUCCUUAUGUUCCUCCAUGGCACAACAAAACACCCUGUGAGGUGGGUGGGGCUGAGAGAGCUCCAGAGAACUGUGACUAGCCCAAGGUCACUCAGCUGACUUCAAGUGGAGGAGUGGGGAAUCAAACCCAGCUCUCCGGAUUAGAGUCCCGCGCUCUUAACCACUACACCAAACUGGCUCUCUGCAUUCUCUGAAGCGUCCCCCAUUUCAUGGAGUGGACUACCUGAGGAGAUUAAGAUCAAAAAGAGUCCAGUAGCACCUUUAAGACUAACCAAUUUUAUUGUAGCAUAAGCUUUCGAGAAUCAAGUUCUCUUUGUCAGGAGGAGAUUAAGAAAGCUCCCACUCUUCUGGCAAAUUAUGGAUGGAAUUAUUCAAGAGGGCUUUGUACUAAGAUGGGAGGGCUGUAAUGUAUGGAAGCUGUCUUAAAGUGAUAUGCCAGUAACAGGAUAGGGAGUGACUAUAAACUUUACUUCUAUUGCCGUAAGCAUAAUCCUAAGGUUGGAUCCUAUGAGCCAAGCUACAAGUGACACCUGACACAGGUUGGACACUUGUCAGCUUCCCUCAAGUUUUGAUGGGAAAUGUAGGCGUCCUGGUCUUGCAUCUGUAAUGGAGAGCCAAGCUGUAAAACCAGGACUUCCCAUCAAAACUUGAGGGAAGCUGACAAGUGUCCAACCUGUGUCAGGCAUCACUUGUAGCUUGGCUCUAAAUUGCUUAAUAUGUUGGUAUUAGAAUUAUAUAUGCACUGUUUCAGCAAUUUCUUAACUUUGUAUUGGAUUUCUGCAGGUUUAAAUCUUUGCAGAUUUACAUGUAUAUACCUUAUUACAUGCAUAUUGAAAUGCCUUGAAACUGAGUAUAAUGACCCAUACUGUGUAAUCCAUUUUGAGUCUCCGUGAGAAAGCAGACUAUAAAUAAUGUAAAUAAAUAAAUAAUAAAAAUGAAUUG